UUUCACUGAGUUUCAUUGAUUAGCCCUUAUGACUCCCUGCCCCCUCAUCCAGAUCAAACCGUCAGCCACCAGUUGGUCAUUAGGCUGUUUUCCGUACCUUCAUUUAGAGUCCCGAAGAUGUUGCAAAACACGGGGAAACUAGCAGGACGCACUCUCUUCAUUACAGGUGCCAGUCGUGGCAUUGGCAAAGCGAUCGCCUUGAAGGCAGCCAAAGAUGGUGCUAAUGUUGUGAUUGCCGCAAAAACUGCACAAGCACACCCAAAGUUACCAGGCACGAUAUACACUGCGGCAGAAGAGAUUGAAGCUGCUGGAGGCAAGGCUUUGCCCUGUGUUGUUGACGUGCGAAAUGAGCAGCAAAUCAGUGAGGCGGUGGAGAACGCAGUGAAGACCUUUGGAGGCAUAGAUAUUUUGAUAAAUAAUGCUAGUGCCAUUAACCUAACUGGUACCCUGGACACACCAAUGAAGAAAGUGGAUCUCAUGAUGAAUAUCAACGCCAGGGGUACUUAUCUAACGUCAAAGUUGUGUAUUCCUUACUUGAAAAAGAGCAAAAAUGGCCAUAUUCUGAACCUGAGUCCUCCGCUCAACAUGAAUCCCAUCUGGUUCAAGAACCACUGUGCAUACACCAUGGCGAAAUAUGGGAUGUCGAUGUGUGUUCUGGGAAUGGCUGAGGAAUUCAAAGGCGAAAUUGCAGUUAAUGCUUUAUGGCCAAAAACCGCAAUUCAUACAGCUGCAAUGGACAUGCUCGGAGGAUCAGAUGUGAGCAGUCAGUGCAGGAAACCUGACAUAAUGGCUGAUGCUGCCUAUGCUAUUUUCUCCAAGCCAAAGUCAUUUACUGGCAACUUUGUCAUCGAUGAAGAAUUCCUUAAAGAGCAGGGAAUCAGAGACUUUGAUGUUUAUGCAGUUGAUCCAGGUCCUGCCUGCCCUGCUGAGAAUGACCAGCAUUGCCACCCUCUACUUCCAGAUUUCUUUUUAGACGAGGAACCAGAAGCACUUGCGAAGAAAAUGCAGGAUUACCGUGCGAAUCCUAAGUUUCAAGCAGGAAAGGAACAGGCUUCAGUAGCAACUGAGGGACCGGUUGCUGAGACGUUCAAGGCUAUUGAGGGAGCGCUCAAUGCUGACGUGGUGAAAUCUACGGGAGGCAUCUAUCAGUUUGAAUUGUCUGGUGAUCACCCAGGAACCUGGUACAUUGACCUAAAGAAUGAAAGUGGCAGCAUUGGGUAUGGAAGUUUCCCGGGGAAGGCGGAUGUGCUGAUGAGCAUGAGCAGUGAGGAUUUUGUGAAAAUGUUUGCAGGUAAGAUGAAACCAACCAUGGCGUUCAUGUCUGGCAAACUGAAGAUAAAAGGAGACAUGUCACUAGCCAUCAAACUAGAGAAGCUGAUGACCCAACUCAAGGCCAAACUUUAACCUUUGACCCACAUGGCAAUCAGUUUCUUGCAUUUUCAAUGUAGAACGUAACCUUUCAAAUACUGAUGGAUUUUAUAUCUUCCUGCAUGAACGUCACAAUUUACCAUUUGAUUCCUGCCCGUUUAAUUUAUUUUUCCAAACUAAGAAUUCUGCCUGAAGAAUGUAACUUUACAGUAAGGUGGUUAAAGUUGGAAUUUCGAAAUGAGUUUUAUUGUUAAUUAAAGAGAGAAUCCUGAUUGAGAGGUCUCAUUAACUGUGUGUCAUUCACUGUCAUAUCUGAUUUUCACACAGGAUGGCGAAGGACUUUUUGGAGGUUAGAUUAAGUGAUUAAGGUUGUUUAUGGUGGGGGCCUGUCUUUGUUAAGAUUGCCUUUGUUAAGUCAGUCAGUCCGAGUUCAUUGCUGUUUCAAAUUUAAGAGGUUUACAAUGUAACUGUUUUUUAACAAACACACAUUUCCCCUUUUUUAUGAAUUGUCAUACAUUAUAGUCAUGAAGUCAACAUGAACAUUGAUAAAACAUUAAAUUUAAUUAACCUUUCAA